AUCCUUAAGUAUUAUACAUAAUUUACUUCAUAUCAUUAUACAUUACGCGAUGACUGUUAUUGUUAGGUCAUUGUAUGGAAACACUGAAUGCAAUGCAGUGCGGUUUAUUAAAGCAUUCAAACAGUGGAGUGCACACCACAGAGGAAUCAUGUGGCAACGGCUCACCCGUCGCAGCAGUUAUUGCCGCUCCAUGCAACGAACAGUGGUAUCUUAAAUUGUCACUCAGGUUGUCACUAUGACUGUGGUUGCUGUGGACCCUGCAGGCGCUGUGGUAACUGCUGCAGGCACGGUGGUAACUGCUACCGGCGCUGUGGUAACUGCUGCCGGGGCUGUGGUCACUGCUGCUGCCGCUGUAGUAACUGCUGCCGCCGCUGUGGUAACUGUUGCUGGCGCUGUGGUAACUGCUGCAGGCGCUGUGGUAACUGCUGCUGCCGCUGUAGUAACUGCUGCCGGGACUGUAGUAACUGCUGCUGCUGCUGUGGUAACUGCUGCCGGCGCUGUGGUGACCGCUGCCACUGUUGUGGUAACUGCUGCAGGCGCUGUGGUGACUGCUGCUGCCGCUGUGGUAACGGCUGUCGCUACUGUGGUAACUACUGCCGGAGCUGUGGUGACCGCUGCCGCUGCUGUGGUAACUGCUGGCGGCAAUGUGGUAACUGCUGCCGCUGCUGUGGUGACUGCUACCGCUGCUGUGGUGACUAAUGCCGGCGCUGUAGUGACUGCUCCCGCUGCUGUGGUAACUGCUGCCGGCGCUGUGGUGACUGCUCCCGCUGCUGUGGUAACUGCUGCUGGCGCUGUAGUAACCGCUACCGCUGCUGUGGUAACUCCUGCUGCAGGUGCUGUGGUAACUCCCGCUGCAGGCCCUGUAGUAACUCCUGCUGCAGGUGUUGUGGUAACCCCUGCUGCAGGCGCCGUAGUAACACCUGCUGCAGGCCCUGUUGUAACACCUGCUGCAGGCACUGUAGUAACUCCUGCUGCAGGUGCUGUAGUAACUCCUGCUGCAGGCGCUGUAGUAACUCCUGCUGCAGGCGCUGUAGUAACUCCUGCUGCAGGCGCUGUAGUAACUCCUGCUGCAGGUGCUGUAGUAACUCCUGCAGGCACUGUGGUAACUCCUGCUGCAGGCGCUGUAGUAACUCCUGCUACAGGCGCUGUAGUAACUCCUGCAGGCACUGUGGUAACUCCUGCUGCAGGUACUGUAGUAACUCCUGCUACAGGCGCUGUAGUAACUCCUGCUGCAGGUGCUGUAGUAACUCCUGCUGCAGGCGCUGUAGUAACUCCUGCUGCAGGUGCUGUAGUAACUCCUGCUGCAGGCGCUGUAGUAACUCCUGCUGCAGGCACUGUGGUAACUCCUGCUGCAGGCGCUGUAGUAACUCCUGCAGGCACUGUGGUAACUCCUGCU